AUGGACUUCAACAAUUGGAACCUCUUCUGGAGUUUGUGCUUUGGGCUGUUGUCCUUUCUAAUCAUCGUUGGAAAUGCUCUAUCCAUAUCAAUACUUUUCAAGAGAAGGCUUCGAAAGCGUCCUCAUUUCUUGUUAAUUAGCUUGGCUUUCGCUGAUCUCUUGGUUGGAUUAAUCCCAAUGCCACUUUACAUUAUCAUUCAAUACUCACGAUAUCGAAUUCUUUCUUUAGUUUACAUUCGCGUGGAUAUCUUUGCGGGCUUAAGCUCGGUCUUCACCCUGACGGCUAUUUCCCUGGAAAGACUACACGCAAUUGCUCGCCCUCUUCGCCAUCGACAACUCACCUUACGCAGCUAUGCCAUUGCCAUAGCAACCCCAUGGAUCUUCUCCCUUAUAGUUUCGUUAUCUUAUUUGCUCUCAGUUUUUUCCGUUAUAACCUUCCUUCAGUUCUUUUCAGGGAUAAUUAUUAGUUUGUCAACAUCUUUGUUGGUAACGUGCAUCUCCUAUUGCAUCAUUUGGAGGAAGCAAGUUUCUAGAAUUCCCAAUGAAGCUCAAACAACAAAGAAUAUUCACUUAAAUGGGACGCUGCUACUGAUAACCGCAAUAUUUGUUCUGUCAUGGUUGCCUUUUGAAGUUUUAGCAGCUGUUCUUAAUUUCUGCAUCUCGUGUAAUUCAAACAAAACUCUGAUAAUUUUAUAUGUUAUUAAGCUUCUUCAGUAUAGCAAUUCCUUUAUGAAUUUUCUAGUUUGCUGUUUCAGAAUGCCAGAUUACAGAAAAGCGCUUUCACGAAUGUUUGCCAAACGUAGAUGCAGUCGCUAG